AGUACAUUUUCCAGAGCGUCUUAAAACUGUUCCAAAUAAUUUUACUGUUAGUUAAAUUGAAACAAUUUAACAUAAUCUUACUAGAUGAUAAUAAUAAAAAAAAUCGUAGCCUCGAUCUUUUAAAAAUGUAUUUUAUUUCACCUACCAAUGGACUAAAAAUGAGAAUGAGAGUUAACAUCAAAACAAAACGUCACUUGUAUAGUUGAGUUGUUGGUCAAAAGCUUUACGUUGUUCUAUUUUUGUUUUCUCUCAGUUUUAAGUUAAUUUAUGACAUGGUUUAACCGCAAAAUUAUUUAGGAUGACAAUGGAAAGGAGGAUAAAGUUAAAAACCCUCAACAGCCAUAUCACAUGUAAAAUCUGCCGCGGUUAUUUCAUCGAUGCUACCACUGUUACUGAAUGUCUUCAUACGUUCUGCAAGAGUUGCCUCGUAAAACACUUGGAGGAGAACAACACAUGUCCGACAUGCAACAUCGUGAUCCACCAGUCGCACCCGCUACAGUAUAUAAGCUUUGACAGGACCAUGCAAGAUAUAGUUUACAAACUUGUUCCAGACUUACAGGAUAAUGAGUUGAAACGUGAGCGUGACUUCUAUCGUGCCCGUGGACUGCCUUGUCCUAAGGACACUGCCCUCGCUGCAGACAAGCCUACAGGAGAUGAGCCUGAGCAACCCGACAACACUGACUGCCAUCGAAAAGAUGAACAGGUCAAUGUCUGUUUGGAAUGUAUAUCAACAUCAUUACGAACACUCAAAAGAAGUUUCAUUCGAUGCUCAGCUCAGGCGACAAUAACACACCUCAAGAAAUUUGUAGCUAAGAAAGUAUUGAAUGGAAUCGACCAAUACAGAGAGAUUGACAUAUUGUGCAAUGACGAAUUACUAGGCAAGGACCAUACUCUGAAGUUUGUAUAUGUGACUCGUUGGAGGUUUCGGGAUCCACCUCUUCGUCUCCAAUAUAGACCUAAGAUUGAUUUAUAAAUUAUCCUCUGUUACACCUCAUUCAUGGAAACUGUUUAAAUUUUUGUAAUUAGAUAGGUGUGCAAUUAAUCUGACUGGCAUUCACAUUCCAAGCUAUGUUUUCUUAAGAUUAUAGUUUAAAGGAUUUCACCAUUUUGAUAUAAUCGCUUGUUGUUGUCACAUUCUGAUUUAAAGGCAAGGAUAACUUCAAUGUGGAAAGUUUGACCAUGUCCUGAGUUUUCAGUGUUUAUUAUUAUAGUGUCGAGGAAACAACAAGAUUUACCGGAGUUGCUAGUACCAAUCAUGAAUCAUGAGCUCGGCUCAGGUUUGCUUAAAGUAUUUUUUAGAAUAUAAGCAAGGAUUUUCUCACUAGCCCAUAGCAUUAUAUUAGCCCUUAAUUUUUAUUUAUGUAGAAUCUCUAAAGUAAGGUUCAUAGUGGCUCAAGCUAAGCUACGUUCCACUAUACACCAACUUUGGAUCCUAAUUCAUGGUGGUUUUAUUUAUAACCGGUGAAUAAUGUUAUAUUCAUCGAAUGUGAAUGCCAAUUUGUAAAUAAAGAACUAGGGAGGGUUUGACACUUUCAUUCACUAAAUGUGAUUAAAGAGGGAGGGUCAGCACUUUUUCACAAUUUCAAUUCAAUUUCACAGACAAUUUUCAACCACCCACCAUCAGGUGGGCCGUAUGCUCGUUCGCCUACAAGGGCAAUAAAAAAAAUAAAAACAAAGUUUUGACAGUUGACAUACACCUGGUGGGUGUCAUGACCGUGAAAGAGAUUGUCAAACGAAAAAAAAAGUAACGAACAAAUAUUGUUAAACAUAGGUGUUUGUAAUUUUCUAGAUAUUUUAUACGACAUAGUUAUAUUAUUUUAUUUUAAGGUGUAGUAUGAUUAAUUAUAAAAAAAAUUUAGUUCAAUUUAAAAAUAAACAAUUUUUUUGUGUAUAUAAAAUAAUAGAAAAAUAUUUUUAAUCUCAUUUUAGUUCAAAUAUUUUAUUAUGUUGUUUUAGUUUUUUUUUUUUUUUGUUAGCCAAGGACCCUUUAGCUUAUAAAGAAUUGUUGCGUUGUAACUUAGAAUGUGGAUGUAUAAUUAUUGGUUCUCGAUUAUUUACUGAAAAUAAAGACAUUUUAUCGAUGUGAAAAUAAAUGUGAAAUAAUC